UUUGCAACAUGGCGGAGGAGCACAGCGGCGAGUUGGCAAGCAUGGAAAACUCCAGCCGACCUGGUUUCUGCAGCGACAAGUACUCUUUGCUGGUCAUUGUUGGACAGCCCGGUCCGGCCGGAUUUGUGGAUUUACUGGUGUCAGAGAUUGAAAGAGGUAAAGUUUCGUCUUACUGUAGGAUGCCUGUGCCUGUCUUUAACCCCGUCUGUCUUGCUAUCUGUGCAUCCCUGUACACACCGGCAGCAUCUGUUGCUCUGUGUUUUCAUGUAGGCUUGGUUCCCGCUGAAUGUGACCGACCACACUUUUUGUCCCUAUCCACAGGCCAGAAGACCCUGCAGCACAGCGGGGAUGUGCUUGAGACCCAAGUGAUAGUCAACCCAUCUCAUGAUUUGGUUUGUUCAGAGGUUCGUCGGCUCAUUUCCGAUACGUCUCUUCACAAGCUGCUAAUUCUUGCUGGACGAUGCGUUGAAGACACUGGAGACGUUGUGUUACAAAUAGGGUCUUUUUCAUUAAAUGACUUUAUCCAGAUAUUUACAGAUCAAGAGAUUGGAGAUCUUCUGACCUCUGCAGACCCUACUCAGAAAGCCAGCCUAACUCUGAGCUGUCCCGAAUCUGGGAUGUGGAAAAAUUCUCAGUUAGAAAAACAUAAUUUGCAAGAUUAUAUAGAAAUUAAAACCAACCCUCCGUUAGUGCUCCCAGAGAUGGAGGGCCUUCAGGAGUUUACAGAGUAUCUGUCAGAGUCUCUUGAACCUCAGUUGCCUUUUGACUUGCUCAAGGCACCCAGUACAGUUGGCUUCCUAAAACUGUCCCGUCCCUGCUGCUAUGUGUUUCCUGGAGGAAGAGGUGACAGUGCCUUCUUUGCUGUGAAUGGUUUCAAUGUCUUAGUCAAUGGGGGGUCUGAUUCUCGAUCCUGUUUUUGGAAACUGGUGAGACAUCUAGACCGAGUUGACUCAGUAUUGCUCACCCAUGUCGGUGUGGAUAAUCUACCUGGUAUAAACAGCCUACUUCACAGAAAAGUGGCUGAACAACAAGAAGAGGAGUCCGCUGGAUCGCAGAGCAAUGAAGACUGGCAGAGGAAUCUGAUAUCUCCAGAAAUAGGGGUUGUAUUUUUCAAUGCUUCAGAAAGACUCAAAACAUUACAGAGUGACUCCAAGGUCCUUCGAAGUUGUGAUCAGGGUUCCCUAACAUUACAGCAUUUAGAAAAGUUGUCAAUUUUUCCAGAACAGCUCAGUCGCUCUGCUGGGCCAGCUGUCGAGCCGGUAAUUCUUUUCCAGAAGAUGGGUGUAGGUCGACUAGAUCUUUAUGUACUCAAUCCAGUCAAAGGUAGCAAAGAACUAGAGGCUUUCUUGCAAACUUGGCCUGCCAGCACUCCGAAUAUAAAAACCUCAGAAAUCCCUCUAGAGUGUAUGGUGUCCAUAUGUGCACUGUUGGUAUGGCAUCCAGCUAAUCCUCGAGAAAAGAUCAUUCGUGUUCUGUUUCCUGGGUGCACUCCAGAAUCCAAGAUCUUCGAGGGUUUAGGAAGACUAAAGCAUCUAGAGUUCCUCAAACACCCAGAAGUUAGUUUGAAAGACCUUGAGGCAUCAAAAUUGGAUAAACAGCCAAAGCGUGCUGAGAGCAAGGAAAGCCUUAAGAGUAUUUCCAAAGAGUCUCGACCUGGUAGUGCCUCACUCAAAGACAAGGUAAGCAAAGUAGAUUUGAAAAGGCAAGACACUAAAACAAAGAUUAAACCCACUAAUGACACCGUUCCAAAAGAAGGGAAAGAGGGUGAGGAAAAAGCGAAGCCAAAAGAUGAUGUGAAACAAAUAACUUCUAAGCCUGAAAAGCAAGUGGCUAAGAAAGAACCUGCUAAAGAUGAGAAAAAGGAAGUUAGGAAGAAAGAGGAAAGGCCACCGACAAGUAUUGCAAAGAAAGAUGAGAAUGUAGAGAAAAAGAAAGAACCCUUGAAAAAAGAUCUUGGUGCAAAGCCCAAGAAAGAUAUUAAACCUGAUUUGAAAAAGGAGAUUAAGAAAGAGGUCAAACCAGAAGACAAAAAAACUACCAAAACUCUUGGCAAGGAUGUUAAGAAACACCACGCAUAUGAUGAAUCAGAGAAUCACCUCUUUGGACCACAGAUUGACAUCCUUCCACAUGAUGUCGAUCUAUGUCUGGUUUCACCCUGUGAGUUUAAGCAUCACAAAUCUCCAGAGAACCAACAGGGACUCUCUUCGGAGGUUCCUGCUCCAAGUCCUGACCUCUCUCUGGAGCCCGGUAGACUGCCCUACCAGUGCAGUAGUAGCGAUCAUCAGUCUCUGGAAGGUCAGGAGACGACAUCCUCUGUCAGCGUCUCUCUCAUCUCGGUUUCUGAUUCUGAUGUGCCACCAGCCACUGAAGAGUGUCCCUCCAUUACUGAGGACUUGGACUCUGAUGAGGACCCUAGUGACAUCUUUCCACCACACCAUCCUCACGACCAUCCUAGCAGUCAUUCGUUACACCACAAUUCCCAGCAUGUCUCUGAAGACCCUCCACCUGCCCCAAUGAAAGAUUUACCUCCACUGCCACCCCAGCCCGAUGCCUGCAUGGCUGACCCAGAGGCUGAUGGUCAGGGUAGAUCUUCCAAGAAUGUAACAUCAAAGACCAAAAAAUCAGCGCCUGUGUCCACAAAGACUGCACCUGCAAACAUCGUAACACAGGGUGGGAAGACAAAGACUGGUGCUCCAGUGUCUGCCAGUGGAACUAUUCGGCCAACAUCCAGUCUGGACACCAGACCUGCAUCCCGCAAUGCUGUUAGCGGAUCUAGACCAGUGCCUUCAAAGUCCUCAUCCAGUUCUGUCAGUGCAAAUUCAAGUUCAGUACCCAUCUGUUUGGACUUGGCAUAUUUGCCCUCUGGCUCAGCAGCUUCCACUGUCGAUGCGGAGUUUUUCCGGCGCCUCCGUUCAUCCUGCUAUAUAAUUAGUGGAGAUGAGCCACAAAAGGAAACAGUCAUGAAAUCUAUUCUCAACUCUCUUUUAGAGGGCAAAGCAUCCUGGCCAGAUGUGCAGGUGACUUUGAUCCCCACGUUUGACUCGCUGACUAUGCACAGCUGGUACCAGGAGACCCAUGAGCGGCAGAGAGAUCUAGCGAUCACGGUACUUGGGAGCAACAGCACCGUAGCCAUGCAGGACGAGACCUUCCCAGCAUGCAAAGUGGAGUUUUAAAGACACCUGAAGAAUCACACCCCUGCCUGUAACUAGAGCACUUCUGUUCACUCUCACAACGUUGUCUCUCAUUUUCUUCACACAUUUUAUCUUGAGCAGCAGGAUGAAGCAUUUCAGAUGAAUUCAUCAGGAAUUACUUCUUAUCUGUAAUGUUAACAUCUACUCUAGCUGCUUAUUAAAAUGUUGUGAAUUCUGUGUGAACAGGGUAGACAAUGUUGCCUUUUCUUUUUUUUAUGGCUAUUUUUAGCAGUUUUACAUUUGUCCAUGUAAUUGUAUUCAUUGCAUCUUGUUGAUUAUCUAGAAUGUUGGAGUUUCAUCUGAACAAUUUACCAUAUUUCAUGGUCCUACAUACACAUUUUGCACAGUUUAGAUGCCCAUUAGAAAACUAUGGCAGAAUAGAGAUAGACAUCUGGGUUAACACUUGAUAUGUUUGUAUUCCAGCGUUUCACUGUACAGAUCCUGCACUAAAUGAUACAGUGUUUUUUUUUUUUCACCUUCUGCAUGUUUGUUUUCUGUUAAGGAGGAAUUGAAGGCAAUUAAAAUAUUAUGUUUUGUUUAUCAGAACUGAACCAGCUUUGUCAAUAAAUGAACAGACACUGAGCUAUACCAGCUAGAUAAACACUUCUCUAGUACAGUAAUUUGUACCAAUUCGAUUUUCAGAUUAAAACACAGCAGAAAGUGUGGUUUCAAAAUGUAAGCAAGAUCAAAUUAUUUUAGUGCGUCAAAUGACUUGCGUGAACACUAUGUGGCAAAGUAAAGUAUUUUUGUGAAGCAUAUUUGAAAAUGUAUGUAGUGAAAGCCAAGAAACAUUUUAAUUCUGCAUUUAUUGAGAGUGGAGAAUAUUAUAGUCUUUGCUUUUUUUUUGUUUUGGAAGAGACAACAUAUAUGUGUAUAAAGCUGAAUGCCUUAUUGUUCUUGCCAUCAUCGACAAACACUAACGCAGCAUGUCAUUCAUGACACUUAAUUUGAGUUAUGAAUACUUUUUGCUGAUUACCUUGCUUUACUGCUUUUUAUUGAAUGUCAUGUAGACAAGCUCAACCAAUGUGUACGUUGUCACAGCAAUGGCUGCUAUACUUUCUGAGAAAUAAAAUGUUUAAUUGUGAUCAGGUGGAGACAUUUCCAUAAAAAAAAAACAUUUUCUUGUUUGUUUGGACUGUUAUAAAACCAUUAAUGGAACAGUUAAAGCUUUACCUUUUCAAAAUUGCACUUUUAUUUUAUUAUAUAUAUAUUUUUUCUUUCCUGAGCCGAUAAAAUUAUUUUUCUGAGGUACAAGUACUGUUUCAGAAUUGUUUUGUUUAAAAUGCUUUAAACUUUGGAGAAACCAGCCAAAAAAGAAUAGAAAGUGUGUUAAAUUUCACUAACAGGCGUAUAUGUUUCAGUACUGAAUUCCAAAAUGUAAGUGUAUUUUCAAAUGUUAA